UUUUGUUCAUUGAAAAUCCGAUAUUCAUUUGACAUGUAGCACAUACAUUAUUUUGACAACAAAAUGUACUACAACUUCCUACAAGCAAAAAAAAAGAAGUUAACAUGAUCUAAAAGUGUGCUAUUCUUAGCUAGUCUUGUUGCCCUGAAUAAGAUCCUUAACUAGAAGGCGUAUGCAACACUAUUGAUUGGAUGAAAAAGAAGCCCAAACCCCGCUUUUAAGCACACUUCAUCAAAAUACGCGUUUGCAGCUUAUCUAAAAAAAAAAAAUGAACAUGCUACCUGGUUUUUAUAAGCUAUGGUCUAGUAAUCUAUCUGAUUCUAUCAACUGUCUGGCUGUUGGAAAACCGUUUUUAGAAGAACUGAGUGAAGAAAACGAUAUUCUGAUCGGGACAACAGCAGGUCGUGUCAUGAUCUUGAAUCAAACAAAACCUGUAGAAGGUUUAUUGGAAACAAAGGGCGGAUCUAUUCAGUCUAUUCAGCUACACGACUUGACAGGCUUUGGUGCACUGGAUCUUGCUGUAGGUGACUGUGACGGUAUUGUCACUUUGUUUUCUCGGCAGCAAAUCCUAAGUAAGCGUGAUUUGGGUUCUGCUAUCACGGAUAUUACCAUUCACCAUGACCUGGCUGGAGGUUGUGAGAUUAUUGCAGGCGAUAUCAAUGGGACUAUCACAAGUUUUCAACAGCAUGAUGCUUUGUGGAAAAUAAAUAUUGCAGAAGAAUCUGUUAAAUUAGCUAUGCUUGGAACAAAAGGUCGAAAAUCACCUUCCAUACGAUGUACUUUAUCUACUACACUUCAAGAUAGAUUUGGAGUAGACAUGACAUGUUUGUUGGUAUGUGAUGGAUGGCCACUCAUUCAUUUUAUACAAAGUGGCGAGCGAAUACAGACAAUUCGAUCUCCUAGUGUGAUUAAUUCAAUAUAGCUCUGUUCAGGAAAUUUCUUGACUGUGGAUAGUCUAAAACGAUUUAAUAUCUCUCAAGUAAACAAAAAAGCAAAAACAGGAUCCCAAAAACUAGACUCACAGCAAGUAUUACUGGCAGGGCAAGAUGGUUAUGUCUAUAUCAUGAUUGACUUUGAGAUAUUUCAAUGGUUUAAAGUAGGCUUUUGUCUUACGAAUGUCAUCAAAUUUCGACCCUCUACACUCGAUGAAGAUGAGACAG